GGGGCUUGGGUGGCAUCCUGGGCAGGGCAGGACAGGGGGCUGAGCUGUGGGUAGGGGAGAAUGCGACUCUCUAAAACCCUCGUCGACAUGGAUAUGGCUGACUACAGUGCCGCUCUGGACCCAGCCUACACCACCCUGGAGUUUGAAAAUGUGCAGGUGUUGACCAUGGGCAAUGACACAUCCCCGUCUGAAGGCGCCAACCUCAACUCAUCCAACAGCUUGGGCGUCAGUGCCCUGUGUGCCAUCUGUGGAGACCGGGCCACAGGCAAACACUACGGAGCCUCAAGCUGUGAUGGCUGCAAGGGAUUCUUCAGGAGGAGUGUGAGGAAGAACCACAUGUAUUCCUGCAGGUUUAGCCGGCAGUGUGUAGUGGACAAAGAUAAGAGGAACCAGUGCCGCUACUGCAGACUCAAGAAGUGCUUCCGGGCUGGCAUGAAGAAGGAAGCCGUCCAAAAUGAGCGGGACCGGAUCAGCACACGGAGGUCAAGUUAUGAGGACAGCAGCCUGCCGUCCAUUAAUGCGCUCCUGCAGGCAGAGGUCCUGUCUCAGCAGAUCACCUCUCCCAUCUCUGGGAUCAAUGGCGACAUUCGGGCAAAGAAGAUCGCCAACAUUACAGAUGUGUGUGAGUCCAUGAAGGAGCAGCUGCUGGUUCUGGUGGAGUGGGCCAAGUACAUCCCGGCCUUCUGUGAGCUCCUUCUAGAUGACCAGGUAGCCCUGCUCAGAGCCCACGCCGGUGAGCACCUGCUGCUCGGAGCCACCAAGAGAUCCAUGGUGUUCAAGGACGUGCUGCUCCUAGGCAAUGACUAUAUCGUCCCUCGGCACUGCCCAGAGCUGGCAGAGAUGAGCCGUGUGUCCGUUCGCAUCCUCGAUGAGCUGGUCCUGCCCUUCCAGGAGCUGCAGAUUGAUGACAAUGAGUAUGCCUGCCUCAAAGCCAUCAUCUUCUUCGACCCAGACGCCAAGGGCCUGAGCGAUCCAGGCAAGAUCAAGCGGCUGCGGUCUCAGGUCCAGGUGAGCCUGGAGGACUACAUCAACGACCGCCAGUAUGACUCUCGGGGCCGCUUUGGCGAACUGCUGCUGCUGUUGCCGACCCUGCAGAGCAUCACCUGGCAGAUGAUCGAACAGAUCCAGUUCAUCAAGCUCUUUGGCAUGGCCAAGAUCGACAACCUGCUGCAGGAGAUGCUGCUUGGAGGGUCUGCCAGUGAUGCACCCCACGCCCACCACCCCCUGCACCCUCACCUGAUGCAGGAACACAUGGGCACCAACGUCAUAGUUGCCAACACGAUGCCCUCUCACCUCAGCAAUGGACAGAUGUGUGAGUGGCCCCGACCCAGGGGGCAGGCAGCCACCCCUGAGACUCCACAGCCAUCUCCGCCAAGUGGCUCAGGAUCUGAACCCUACAAGCUCCUGCCAGGAGCCAUUGCCACCAUCGUCAAGCCUCCCUCUGCCAUUCCCCAGCCAACUAUCACCAAGCAAGAAGUCAUCUAGCAAGCCGCUGGGGCUCGGGGGUUCUGCUGGCUCUCUCGCCCUCAGAGAGCACCUGGCUGUCACUUAGUCACAGCAAGGAAGACGUGACAAGAGGGCCAGUUGUGGAGCAUCCACAGAAAGGGUGCAGGGCCCAAAACCAUGGGCUGAGUGUCACACGCAUUGCGGCCCCUGACCCCACACCUCAGAGGGCAGGAGACAGCAGCUGGAAAGUUUUCCAGUGCCCGGACUACUUUUCCUAACUGAAGCCCCUGCUUCAUCUCCAUCCGUAUCUUCCCUCAACUUCUUCACCCCUGAAGGCUGACUGUCUGCAGGUGCUGCAGGACCUUGCUGAUACACAACUCCCUUUUCCUCCCUGCUAGGGCAUCUUCCUUCCCGGUGCUGGUCAGGGGGUCUGGAUGCAAAGCUCCUGAGGCUGAGUCAGCUUGCAGGGUGCUGUUCCUCUCUUCUGCUGUGCCAACCUCAGGGGACCCUCUCUCCCACCCUCCAUUAUUACCAUCCUCAGCCAUCCUGACUUCUCCGAAGCCACCUCUCUGGAGGCUGAGGAAAAUGUGGCCACCAUUUCCCCAUUCAUUCCGAGAACCUUCUAGAAGCACUGACGUGGGUAAGGCAGAGGAUAGGAGUCACCGUCCCUCCUCUGCCAACACCACCAUGACCCUUCCUCUAGCAGCAGGCUAUAACUUUGGAGCGAUGAGUCCUAUGACUUCCUACGGCAGAGAGUCAUCCAAGGGUGAAAGUUGCAACAGAAGGUGGAGAGAGGUUGGGCGCCAUGGAGACGGCAUCUAGAAAGAGGCAAACUCUGCCUCUGUCUGUUGUCAGGGAAGGUGGGCUUCUGGCUAGCACAGCAGGCGACACAGACCAGUUUAUGGGAGGAGAGCCUAACAAAGGCCCAGAGGUAAGAAACAGAGUUUGGGAGGAAGACUGAAGAAAUCAGUUUCCAUGGAGUUGAAACAGGGCACGUGCUGGGGACCGUGGAACCUUGAAUGUUAAACUCCAGUCAGGAGUAGCCUGUGGGGUGAGCUGUCAGAAGAUGAAUACAGCAUCCUACAGAAGCAGCAGGACUGUUGGGAGGGCGCAAGGAGGUCAGACUAGAGCCUGGGACAGAGACAAAGGGAUGGAUCAGAGCUGUCCCCAAAGCCUGUCAAGCUCUUCCAUACUUUCAGAUGAUGCCAUAUGCAUUUGACAUCCACCAUCUCAGAAUCUUUGGAAGAUGAAAUUAGAGGAUCUUAACUGCCUCAUAGGAAGUUCUUGUCUUCCCUGUGAUGGAAUUCAGAGAUUUCCUCAUCCUUUGCCACUGCCAAACUCAGAGGCUUGCUCUUUCCAGAACUGGCCAGCUGGAGGGUGUUCUAAAGUCCCACUGAAGUCAAGAAUGCUGUUUGUUGAGAAGUAGUGAAGUGAAUUCCUGUCCUCUUUUUCCUCUACUGUCCCCAACUGUGGGUGAGGAGCAGCAAGGGUGUGUUCCCCAGAAGAGGGACCAAUCUAGUCUGGCAGUCUACCGCUGAGAUGGUCUGGGUGAGGGGCAGGAGAGGGAUAAGAAAGCCUGGGGUCAGGAUUGCUAGAGGAGCUGCAUUCGAGGUACUGCUAAUCCCCAGCAGUCAGUGCUUAGCCCCUGCCUGACUCUGGAUGUCACUAAGGAGCCCCUACAAAGUGCCACUGACCAAUGGAAAUAAAAGGAAUGUUUCCAAGGCUGGAGGUGUGAUAAGUGGGAGGAAUGAACUAUGACACCAAGUACCACCUUCCAUCAAGGCUGAUCCUUCUGAGUGGAUGGAGCUAGCACCCCAGUGUCCAGAAAUUCCAGCUUUAGUGAUAGGUUCUCUGUGAAAGAGGUAUGGAGGGAUACUGGGACCACCUGCUUAAAAAAAACACCUACAGUCUAAGACAGUCAAGAUGGGUUGUCCUUAACCCCUCAAGCCAAGUCCUAGGUCUCAGGACAGACUUUUCCAUUCUCAGAGCCCUUCCUUGGCCACCAUCACUCCAGUGCCCCCAGAGACUCCAGGCUGAUUGCUCAGACUGUUCUGCAUGAGGCAGGACACCUGGACUCCUUCUGGACAUUGUCUUUCCCACUCUUUGCCCCUCCAUCCCCAGUGAUGUUCAUGAAAGGAGUAGGUAUUGUUGGUCUUCAGUGGUAGCAGUCUUCUGGGGCAGGGGUCAGGCGUUGUCCCAAUCCAUCCUUUCUGAAGGAGAAAUCCAUUCCACAUUAGUAACUAUUACGAUAUGGGAAACAUGAAAUAAAGAAAAGUUUACUCCUCUGAUUAUAAGCUGAGGACACUAUGUUGGAGUUUUUUCUUCUGAGUUUUGGUCCUAAUAUAUAAUAUGAUUAAGUAUGAAGCUGGUGGUAGACAAGAGUGGAUGCUACAGUUUCCCCCAGAGACCACCCUCCUUUCUUCAGGGAAUUGUCAGAAACUUCCAGGAUUCAGGAGACUUUCCUGAGAAUGGGCACAAGACAAGGGAGAAUUAGAAGUGGAUGCCCUCAAUUUCUUGUGAUAACCACAUCAUCCACCUUUGCUAGAACUCUCUGUGACCUACCCUGAUAAAUACAAAUCAUGACCUUCACACCAAGCAUUCAUAAAGUAUGCUGUGCCCUGCCCCCACAUUGGACUAGUCUACACCUUCCUGUGAGUGUACAAAUAUCAUGGGGUCCCACACUGAUCCCCAAAUCCCACAAUUACUGCCCAAGGGGUCAAAAAAGGAAAAAACCCUCAAAACAGCUCUUACUCCUGUGUUUUAGCAUAAGUUUAUCCAACAGAAUAAAUGGUACAUAUGUUUUCUAA